AUGACCUCUCUCAUGGAUCACCCGUCUCGCGGUGAGACCAUCGGCUACUCCUUCUCUCAACCAACAGCUGCCCCCGUUAAAGAGCAUUCGUUUUAUCCGUACACUGACAACGGUGGCUCAACCCUGGGCAUUACGGGCUCUGAUUUCGCUAUCCUUGCCGGCGACACCCGCUCCACAUCAGGGUACAACAUCAACUCCCGCAUGGUUCCCAAAGUCUUCAAGAUUGGCGGAGAUGAUGAAACUGGGGAAGGAGCUCAUAUCCUCCUUUCUGUUGUUGGAUUCGCCGCCGACGGCAAUGCCCUCAAAGAACGGCUGGACACCGUGGUGAAGAUGUACAAGUAUCAACAUGGGAAAUCCAUGUCAGUCGGAGCCUGUGCUCAGCGACUGUCGACAAUUCUCUACCAGAAGCGGUUUUUCCCGUACUACGUGCACGCAAUCCUGGCCGGCUUGGAUGAGGAGGGCAAGGGUGCUCUUUACAGCUACGAUCCCGUGGGCUCGUAUGAGAGGGAGCAGUGCCGAGCUGCCGGUGCUGCUUCAAGCUUGAUCAUGCCUUUCCUGGACAAUCAAGUCAACUUCAAGAAUCAAUAUAUCCCGGGAAGCGGCGAGGGACACGCACUGGAACCCAAGAAGGCCGAGCCUCUCCCCCAAGAGACCGUCAAGCAACUGGUACGGGAUGCCUUUACGAGUGCUGUGGAGAGACAUAUCGAGGUCGGUGAUCACCUGCAAGUGAUGAUUAUCACCAAAGAUGGGGUCGAGGAAGUGUAUCACCCGUUGAAGAAGGAUUAG